GCGAAAGGUAUAAAAGCCGGCUUGGCACCUAGUGUGUCUAGCUACCUGAACUCGUUCUCUUUAGUUAUGGUUGAUAUUUGAAAUACUCCUGGUUUGAAUACUAAUCGCAACCCAACUCACCUAUCAGCGACAAACUACCAAAUAUGGCUCCCCAAAUACUAUGGAUUGGCUUAGGGAAUAUGGGAAGAGGAAUGGUGAAGAACUUGGUGGAGAAAGGAAACUUGGACAAGCCCGUAAUCUUGUACAACCGGACUCGAAAACGUGCCGAAGAACUAGCAGCCAAACUUCCUACAGGAAAGACGGAGAUUGUCGAUUCUGUUGAGGAAGGCGUCAAGAGGGCCGAUAUUAUUUUCCAUAUCCUCUCUAAUGACGCUGUGGUGAAAGCGAAUUUCGACACUAUUCUCAAAGGAGAUGUUGCAGGCAAGCUGUUUGUUGAGUGCUCUACGAUUGCCCCGGAGACUACGGAAGAAAUUGCCAAGUUAGCAACAGAGAAGGGCGCUCAGUUUAUUGCGAGCCCCAUCUUUGGCGCACCACCUGCAGCUGAAGCAGGCCAACUGAUAUUUGUUCCCGCUGGCCCCAAAUCGGGCAUCGAUAAACUCCGUCCUUACAUCAAGGGCGUAAUGGGCAAAGCUGAGAUCGCCUUCGACGAUAAGCCAGUAGGCACCUCGCUAAAACUGAAGCUUCUCGGCAACAGCUUUAUCAUCAACAUGGUAGCACAAUUAGGCGAGGGGUUUGCAGUAGCGGAUAAAACCGACAUAGGGCCGGACGCUCUGAAACAAUUCAUAGACCUGUUGUUUGGCGGCAUAUACAGUCUGUACUCGCAGCGCAUAACCCAGGGCACGUACUGGAAGAUGGCGGAGCCGCUCUUCUCGGCUGACAACGCACGCAAAGAUGCGGGUCACGCCAUGAACAUGGCUAAGAAUGCCGGUGCCGAGCUAAGGUUAACGAAGGUCGCGGAUGAGUAUCUGGAGAGUGUUGCUGAUUAUGCGGGUGGUGACAAAGGCGACAUCGCGGGAAUAUACGGUGCCGCGAGGAAGAACGCCGGGUUGGAGUAUGAGAACGAUGUUUGAUUUAUUACAUAUGGCUCAACAUACAUAACUUAUUACUUCAUGUAAAGGAUAACGAAAAAUAAAUACUAAAUCUUGAAGUUAUUGCUAAGAA